AUGAUUGAUGAUCAAGAUCUAGGGUUUAUUGCCAAUUUUCUUGGCGUUUUCAUCUUUGUUCUGGUAAUUGCUUACCAUUUUGUGAUGGCUGAUCCCAAAUAUGAAGCAAUUUAAGGAUGUUUCUUCCCCAAUUUACAAUGUCAGUUAAUUUCAGUAGUAUAUCAUCUAGGUAAUAGUAUUAUUUUUGUAAUUCUGUGGAUUUUUUGACAGUGGAUCACCUUAAUCUAUGUAUUUGAAGUAUUCAAAGUGAUCCUCGAAUUGAUUUUGAGCUGAAUUUCAUAUGAUUAAGAGAUGAUUGCAUGACAAUUUGUGAUUUUAAUAAUUGAGCCUUUUUUGUUUUUGUGAA